UUAAACAGAGAGGGAAGUGAAAAGACAGGCAGUUCUCUCAUCAGAUUCCUUCAGCCCUUAGAAUCUCCACAACACCAUCGCACAUCGAUCAAUCCCCAAAUCCCUAAUCCUUCUUCUUCUUCUUCUUCUUCUUGUCUGCUUCGUGGAGGAAUGGGGCUGUGGGAAGCGUUCCUCAAUUGGCUUCGCAGCCUCUUUUUCAAGCAAGAAAUGGAGCUAUCGCUCAUAGGCCUUCAGAAUGCUGGGAAAACAUCUCUUGUAAAUGUUGUUGCGACCGGGGGAUUUAGUGAAGAUAUGAUUCCAACGGUUGGAUUUAACAUGAGGAAGGUUACCAAAGGCAAUGUCACGAUAAAGUUGUGGGACUUGGGUGGCCAACCCAGGUUCCGGACCAUGUGGGAGAGAUAUUGCCGUGCAGUUUCAGCCAUUGUCUAUGUGGUCGAUGCUGCUGAUUACGAGAACUUAAGCGUCUCAAAAAGGGAACUCCACGACUUGUUGAGCAAGCCCUCCCUCAGCGGCAUCCCCUUGCUGGUUCUUGGCAACAAGAUUGACAAGCAAGGAGCUUUAAGCAAGCAGGACCUGACUGACCAAAUGGAUCUCAAGUCCAUAACAGACAGGGAAGUUUGUUGCUUCAUGAUCUCGUGCAAGAACUCUACCAACAUCGAUACUGUCAUUGAUUGGCUCGUCAAGCAUUCCAAGUCGAAGAAUUAACUCCUACAUCCAUCAUCUCUCAGCCGGUGGAGGAAUUUCAGAGGCUUCUCAUUCUAGUGGAUUCUUCUUAUUCUUCUUCAUCAUAGUUAUAAAUAUAGGUCGAGUCCUUGACCCGUGAUUUUUCUCGUCCCCGAUUGAUUUCAAAUAGACAGGAUGUUAUUGUUCAGUUUGCUUCUCAUCGGGGUUCUCUUCCCAUGCAACCCCGUCACUACCUUAUUGUUUGAUUGCAGAGGUUUCUGUGUGGAUAUAUCUUUGUUUGUUGUCUUGUGCAGUUAACGGACAUGGAGUCUUUUACUCAUUUGACUUCUUCAUUAUAAAUAAACGAUUCAUUAUGCAUUCUUUUUUGC